AUGUACUACGGCAAAAACAAGCAGGUUAACUACCCCUUUGGAACAUGCCAAUCAAGGAAGAUCUUCCCCAUCCACGUUCCCUUAUCCUUGUUGGGGCACGCGUUUCUUCCCAUUAGGGGAGCGCCCCACAGAGGGCCUGGAUACUACAUUAUAGAAGAUACCUGUGGCUUAGCAUACAACCUCAGUAAGAUCCCAACCAGCAAAAAAGGAUAUUCAUGUGGAGCCAGAACAACAAGAAGAUUUAAAGCAUUAAGCAAGGAUGUGACACCUGACCCAUGCAAAUACCAGAGUAUACAGGACCAAAAAUUCAAACAAAAUUUUGCUCCAUUUAAUGUCUCGACGCCUCGAUUUAGGACAAACUUAAAGAACGCUUACCCUGGCCCUGGUACAUACAAUCCAGAGAAAAAGUCACCCUCCAAAGUCACCUGGCCAAUGAAAUUUGGAGCUCCAGAUUGGGCUCAGGUUCCACAUCUACAGAAAAGAACCCUAAAAACUGAGCUCUCCACCGACAAAGAAUUUAGAAAGCAUCGAAACCGUAUGGCCUACCUAAGCAUGUAUUAUCAUUGAGGGUCUGUGAUUCCCUUCAUGUGUUCUUCCUGCCCACCCAAUCUCCAGGAUUGAGGACAGAAUUCCUCUUUCUUCUCUUCAUCACUUCCAUCAUGUCUGCCAGCAUGGGGCCUAGACUGGGGCAAAGGACUCAUAACUACUACGUGGGAACAUAAAGAUUUAUUCUGAGUGUCUCAUCUCUGUGUACUGAGUUGUAUCCACAUGGGGACAAAUGGAUAAAAUGUGGGGUUUGUAUUAAAUUUUCAAUGAAUUGAUUCUUUUCACUGAAAUAUGGGUCCAAAAUUUCUAAUCCAUUCUCUAUUGAGGGAUGGGGGUUGGGCCACACCUAGCAGUUCUCAGACUUGGCUCCUGGCUCUGUUCAGAGAUCACUCUUGGAGGUU